AUGCCUACUUUCGGGAGCGCCAGCCCGGACAACCAGCAGGAAGGCUUCUGGGGCACGUUGCCGUCGGCAUGGGAUCAUCCCGAGCCCAACUACUUGGUAAGUGGCGUUGUGGGCGAGUUCUGGAGCGUCUUGACCACUAUACCAGUGGCAGGGGCGCUGCUAUUGUACCUGGGGCUGCGCUUUGGCUAUGGCUCCAAGGUGAUGGCGAUCUACGCGGUCACUUGCUGUAUGUACUCAUUAGCCUUCACUGCUCAUCUGACACUUCAGAUGCACAUCUUCUCCACGACUGUGAUUGCAGUGAUGAGCAAUGCGCUGCUGACCUUCGUGAUGUUCAGCCACGUGGUGCACAGGGCCUUGGAGAGCGUCCUUUUACGUGGGGCGAUUGUCAUCGCUGCUGAGACCGUGCUGGUGAGUACGGUCGCGACUCUGCCAUACAGGCUAGAGCAUGGUGGAGUCUGGACUUUGUUCAUCGUCCAGGCUCCCGGGGUCUUCUUAGCCACGGCUCUCGCCGGCAUCAUGGCCCGGACUUCAAAGAGGGCUGCAGAGAAAGCCACGUACGGCUUGGUCACCACUGCUGGCAGUCUUCUGAGCUCAGCGAUGGUCUUGUCCCUCGUGGAGUGCCUUGUUGGAUUCGAGUGGGGUUUCAUCGAGAGAAUGUGGGGCUUCCCAUGGCUGCACAUAGCCAUCCACAUGCUGGAGCAGGUUGGGAUCUACGUUUUCGGCGUGGGCGUUGCCGCUCUGGAGGCUCUGCUCUUGCGGCCAGACGCCUUCAAGGGGGCAGAGGUGCGCUACCUCGGUUGGUUUGUAUAUUUGUAUUAUCCUGGAAAGUCCGAGCCUCUGGCCGGCUUGCUCAAGAAUGCUGGUGAUGUGGUGAAGCACGGAGCCUCUGUGCAAACUACGGCGGCCAUGACUGCCUCAGGUUUGGAGGCCACACAGACACAGAUUCCCAGGAACGGCAUCGAGGCGGACGUCCCGGCUCGUGGGCUCUCAGGCCAAAAGCCGUCUCUUGGGGCAAAUGGCCGCCCGGGCCAGCCUGCAGCGCAGGAGGCGUUGCAGCGUCGGAAACGAACCGAGAGCCCGGGCGUGUCAAACCUGGUUGCAAGACCCAAGGGCCCGAAGCCAGGAGACACGUGA